CACACAAAUAUGAACCGGGGACGAGAGGGCGGCGGCCGAAACAGUGAAACUGAGCUCAGACAUUUUAACGUCGACGGAGUUGAAGGAAGAGAAGCUCAAGACUCACCAUGAUGAGUAAGAAAGAGGAGGACAGAGCAGAGUCUCCAGGAUCCAGCUGUCUGUCUAUGAAGAGUGACCGGUCCAAUUAUUAUACACUUCGGACAUGAACCUGGACCCUCACACACAAAAAAGAGGAAGAGGAGUCCUGUUCCUGUGGAGGAGCAGCCGUCCUGCUGUGGUUUGUGUCAGGACGUCCUGAAGGAUCCGGUCUCUACCAGCUGUGGACACUGGUUCUGCAGACACUGCAUCACCUCAUACUGGGACCAGUCUGCUUCAUCAGGAGACUCCUCCUGUCCCCAGUGUGGAGAAAGAUCCAGAACAAGACGUGGACUGCAGACAGCCAGUCAGACCAGCACUGUCCAAAUGAGUGGUGGUCUGCAGGAGGUUUUAGAUGAACAUAAGAUCAGUCUGAAGACCAGAUGUGAACGUGUGACUGAAGGAAGUGAUGAAACAGGAAGUGGAACCCUCCUCAACAGGAUCUACACUGAGCUCUACAUCACAGAGGGACAGAGUGAAGAGGUUCAUACCCAACAUGAGGUGAGGCAGCUUGAGACAGCUUCCAAGAAGAAGGAGACCCUCCAUGACACUCCCAUCAAAUGCCACGACAUCUUUAAAGCCUUACCUGACCAACAGAGACACAUCAGAGUCGCUCUGACCAACGGCGUCGCUGGCGUUGGAAAAACCUUCUCAGUGCUGAAGUUCACUCUGGACUGGGCAGAGGGCUCGGAGAACCAAGAUGUCAGUCUGGUGGUUCUGCUCUCGUUCAGGGAGCUGAACUUGAUCAAAGAUGAGCGGUUCAGUCUUCUCACGCUGCUCCAUGUUUUCCAUCCAACAUUACAGAAGGUCACAGCAGAGAAGCUCGCUGUCUGUAAACUUCUGUUCAUCUUUGACGGCCUGGAUGAAAGCAGACUUUCACUGGAUUUCAACAACAAAGAGCUCGUGUCUGAUGUCACACAGGAGUCAUCAGUCAGCGUGCUGUUGACAAGCCUCAUCAAGGGGAAUCUGCUUCCCUCGGCUCUCAUCUGGAUAACUUCCAGACCUGCAGCAGCCAAUCAGAUCCCUCCUUCAUGUGUUGACAGGGUAACAGAAGUACGAGGCUUCACUGACGCUCAGAAGGAGGAGUACUUCAGGAGGAGAGUCAGUGAUGAAGAUCUGUCCAGCAGAAUCAUCUCACACAUCAAGACCUCCAGGAGCCUCCACAUCAUGUGUCUGAUCCCAGUCUUCUGCUGGAUCACUGCUACAGUUCUGGACCACAUGUUGACCACAGACCAGAGAGGAGAGCUGCCCAAGACCCUGACUGACCUGUACUCACACUUCCUGCUGGUUCAGACAAAGAGGAAGAAGAAGAAGUACGAUGAAGGACAUGAGACGAGUCCACAGGAGCUGACGGAGGCUGACAGGGAAGUUCUUCUGAAGCUGGGGAGGCUGGCGUUUGAACAGCUGGAGAAAGGAAACAUCAUGUUCUACCAAGAAGACCUGGAGCAGUGUGGUCUGGAUGUCACAGAGGCCUCGGUGUACUCAGGAGUUUGUACAAAGAUCUUCAAAAGAGAGAGUGUGAUCUUCCAGAAAACAGUCUACUGCUUUGUUCAUCUGAGCGUUCAGGAGUUUCUGGCUGCAGUCUACCUGUUCCACUGUUAUACCAACAAGAAGACAGAGGUACUGAAGGACUUCCUGAAAGACGACACAUGCAGAGAGAAGGGGAAGGAUUACUCCACCCUGGAUGUCUUCCUAAAGAAGGUUAUGGAGAAAUCCCUCCAAAGUGAAAAUGGUCACCUGGACCUGUUUGUUCGCUUCCUUCAUGGCCUCUCUCUGGAAUCCAACCAGAGACUCUUAGGAGGCCUGCUGGGUCAGACAGACAACAGCCCAGAAAUCAUCCAGAGAGCCUUCAACAACCUGAAGAGCAUGAAGAGUGAUCAUAUCUCUCCUGACAGAUGUAUCAACAUCUUCCACUGUCUGAUGGAGAUGAACGAUGACUCAGUCCAUCAGGAGAUCCAAGAGAUCCUGAAUUCAGAGAGCAGUUCAAAGUACCUCUCUAAGAUCCACUGCUCAGCUCUGGCCUACAUGCUGCAGAUGUCAGAAGAGGUUCUGGAUGAGCUGAACGUGGAGAAGUACAAAACAUCAUGGGAGGGACGACGGAGACUGAUUCCAGCUGUGAGGAACUGCAGAAAGGCUAAACUUUCUGGCUGCAGACUCUCAGAGAGUGACUGUGAAGUCAUGGCCUCAGCUCUGAAGUCCAACCCCUCCCAUCUGACAGAGCUGGACCUGAGUGACAACAACCUGGAAGAUUCAGGAGUGAAGCCGCUGUGUGCUGGACUGGAGAAUCCAAACUGUAAACUGGAGGCUCUGAGAUUGCAGAGCUGCAGUUUGUCAGAGAUCAGCUGUGCUUCUCUGGCCUCAGCUCUGAAGUCCAACCCCUCCCAUCUGACAGAGCUGGACCUGAGUGACAACGACCUGCAGGAUUCAGGAGUGAAGCUGCUGUGUGAUUUUCUGGAGAGUCCACACUGCAGACUGAAGACUCUGAGGAAAUAAAGCUGAUUCCAGCUGACAGCAUUACAAGACGUACAGAGACAGUGGUCCUCAUUCAUCAGAUCUGAUCUCAAAGUGUUUGUUCUCUCAUUUCAACAGUAAAGAAGUGAUCAGUUCAUCUUUGUCACAGCUCUCAGAUCAGUCUGACUGAAUUCUACAAAUCACUGCCAUCAUUACAUUUAGUG